GCGCCCUGCACCCCGGCAGUGCGUGGGAGGGGCAUCCCCGCACUAUCCCACGGGGGAAACGGGGUCGGGGCAGAAUGAGGAACGCCCCCCCCCAGCCCGUUCUGCUGGGGCUGCUUUGGAAGUACCUCUUGUCCCUUUGCCUGGUGCCAAGCGUUAUAGGUGUCAUUCCUGUGUCUAAUUGUUUUCUUCUCUUCCUGAAACAAAACAGAGUAACAGAAGAUCUGAUCAGACAAAUGGGAUUGGAAUAGCAAUGUGGGAACAUGGCCACUAAGAAAUUAAGAAGAGCAGGGUUAUCUCAGGAACUUUGUGACAGGCUAAGUCGGCAUCAGAUCAUUACCUGUCGGGACUUUCUGUGUCUUUCACUCUUGGAGCUAAUGAAAGUGACCGGGCAAAGUUAUUGGAAUGUACAGAAGCUUCUUUGCAAAGUCAGCUUAGCUUGUGCUCCCAAAAUGCAGACUGCUUAUGAGAUGAAAAUGAAAAGGGCUAUCAAUCCAUCCUCAGCCUUCUUAUCCACUACCCUAGAUGGUUUGGAUAAAGCCCUGCAUGGUGGAGUGGCCUGUGGAUCCCUCACAGAGGUAACUGGCCCAUCGGGUUGUGGCAAAACUCAGUUUUGUCUUAUGAUGAGUGUACUGGCUACUCUGCCUAUCAGCAUGGGAGGACUAGAUGGGGCUGUCAUAUACAUUGACACAGAGUCUGCAUUUGGUGCUGAAAGGUUGGUUGAGAUAGCAGAACACCGUUUCCCUAAUUAUUUUGGCACAGAAGAAAAGUUGUUUUCAAUGACCCGUAGCAUUCAUCUCUAUCGGGAGCUCACCUGUGACAGUGUGCUGAAAAGGAUUGAGACUUUGGAAGAAGAAAUCAUUUCUAAGAAGGUUAAGCUUGUAAUAAUUGACUCUGUUGCUUCGGUGGUCAGAAAGGAGUUUGAUAUGAAACUUCAAGGAAACCUGAUGGAGAGAAGUAACUUUCUGGCUAGAGAAGCAUCGUUAUUGAAGUACUUGGCUGAGGAAUUUUCAAUACCAAUCUUCCAAAUAUUGUUUCGAAUAUUGGCUAAUUUCAGCCCAACUAUGAUCACUGCAUUGUUUGUUAGCAUUGGCUCUGGACCUGUUCUAGAUGAUAGUUCUCACCUACUUGGCUUCAUCAAGUGCAGAGAUAAUGCACUGCAGCAGAUCCAUCAGGUUAUCUUGACAAAUCAGAUUACCACACGGCUGAGCAAUGGCCUUGAUAUCCAGGCAGACCUGGUGUCUCCAGCUGAUGACUUGUCCCUGUCUGAAGUUUCAGGAGCCUCUGGGAGCAAGGAAAGGGAACCUGGCUAUGUGACAGCAGCACUGGGGAACACAUGGAGUCACAGCGUCAACACCAGGCUCAUACUACAGUAUCAUGACUUGCACACAAGACAGGUCCUGGUUGCUAAAUCUCCCAUUGCUCCAUUCUCAGCUUUCUUCUACACCAUUGAAAAUUCUGGCCUGGUUCUUCAAGAUGCUGAGACCUUGGCAUACAUCCUUAAAACAUUCCAAGCUAAUUCAUUCUCUCUCUCGCACAUGCACUUACACACAUGCACAAAAUUAUUCAAAAGAAAGUUACUGGGCUGGAUUCAGUGCAACGAGAAAAGAACAGUAUUUCCCUUUGCGGAAUGGAGGUUAUUUAAAUGGAAAGGACCACCCAGUUGCCAGCUGGGAAGGCUCCAGUCCUGUACUGCAGGCCAUAAGAGUGAGGACCAAUAUCUUGAAAGAUGGCUUCCCCAGUUCCACUGCUCAGACCCUCGAGCUAGCACAACCCAUAUGAAGAAGAACGUGUCUCAGCUGGAGAGAAGCAUGCCACAGAUAUUUUGCCAAAUGUGAUUUCUUUAAAUUCCUAUGAAGCAGUUUAUGGAAUUGCUUCUUCUUUUACCUCUGAACAGGGUGACUUUGAAUGUGGUUCUUGUUCUUUGUACAUGAGUAGCCAUAUUAUAUUUAGUGAUAUAAAAAUCCUGUGUUAGUUCUGGUUAAUUUAGGUGACAUGCUGAAGAAAGAUGCCAGAUUGGUGCUCUAAAAUAGGUACAGCUCAGGCUGUGGCAGCACAUGCAUCCCCAUCUUACCACGGCUUUGCCAAUGGGCUUCCUGACCUGGAAGACCCACUUCCAAAAGUGAGAGGAGAAUUCAGUUAGUCCUAAAAUGUCAGUUCAAAAUCUCCAGGGAAAUGUUGAACCCACCAAUUGGUUUGACUAAAGCAAAGCAGUUCAGUGGCUCUUGCGUCUAUGAUGUACUUUAGAAUAAUCUUAGCCUCUAGUGUAUCACAGUGAAAUCUAAUCGUAGGCUUAUGGCAGUUCAGGGUUGAGGGAGAAAAUGUAGCAAUGAUUGCAAUCUCAUCCUUCUUGUGGCUGAAUUCUAGAAGAUUAGUGUGUAUGUCCACUGUUCAGCUUUUUCCAUCUUCAGAACAUUCACUAAUCCUCACAACACUACUGCAAGGAAGGAAAGUAAUUGUUACUCAUUUUACAGGUGGGAAAACAGAAUCAGAAAAUGUGACCUGUUCAAGAUCACACUUGGUCUACACCUAAAAUUUAGGUCGACCUAGCUACAGCACUCAGGGAAGUAAAAACUUUUGGAGCCUGUGUGACAUGGUUAGAGCAAUCUAACCCGCACUGUAGACAGAGCAGCUAGGUUGAUGGAAGAAUUCUUCCAUCGACAUAGCUACCUCCUCUUGGAGAGAUGGAUUUAUUACAGCAAUGGCGAAAGCCCUUCUGUUAAUGUAGGAAGUGUUUUCACUACAGCAGCCCAGCUGCGGCAUUGUAGCUGUGGUGCUGUACCGUAGACAUGGCCUGAGCUGGGAUUACAAGUUCCUGGCUCCUAAUUCUCUGCAAGCACAAACCAUGCCUAUCUCUCCACAACUAGGGAGGUCACUCGUCUGAUUUUGAACCAGACAGACCACUUUUGGGGUGGUUUGUCCCCUACUGGGACAAAAAACAGACAUGAUAUUGUCCAGUAUUGGCUGGAGGCCACCAUUUUUCAGAGUGCUGUGUUCUGCCCCCUCUGGCAUGACAUUGAACACACCGUGCAUUGAUCAAAAAGAAGAAACCAAGUGAUGAAAUGCAAAAUGAGGAAUCCAGAAAAUGCUACAUGGAUGAAGAGAGGUUUUCCCUUUAAGGCCAUUCCACUCCAUCCAACGUUAAUAGUGAGUGAAAGUCAUUACCAUUUGCUGGUUGUUGCGUGGUCUUUGUGAAAUUAGCCAAUAGCAGAGGCGGAUUAAGGUCUCCUGGGGCUCUGGGCCAGAGCAAGUGGGGGGUGGGAGGGGGAGUCCUGAUGCCGGAACUGUGGGCCCACUCCACCCCUUCCUCCUGCUGCUCCAUCCCUUCCACCUGCACUCCCACCCAUGGCCCUACUCCAUUCUGCCCCUUCCCCCGUGGCCCUGCCCCACUCCGCCCCAUGAAGCCUACUCCCAUUCCACCUCUUCCUCUGCAACCCUGUCCCCCACUCGCUUCUUUCUGCCACCCCCCGCUGCAGCCCCGAGACCGGAGAAGCUCUGGCUGCGAGAGCUCCUCUAUCCCCACCGCCGCAGUGGGGACCCCUAGGCAUGGCCCCAUAGACCUGUGCGGUAAUCCUCCACUGCCAAUAGCCUCAGCCCAGUUCCUAGUGGACAAUUGCUCGCAUCUCAAAAACACCAUGAUACGUGUCACUUAUUGAUACUCAUGUUGGCAGUCUCAGCAGAGGCUAAGCGUGGGAUGGGGCACAGAAAAUAAUCUUCCUUCUUACUGAGUAAGUUGGGAGAGCAACCUGGAGAUGAGUGCUCUGCAUACACACACUCUCUCUCACACAUUCCUCUCUCUGGAAGUAGCUGUUGCUACAGUUGCCAAGCAUGUUAUUCCAUUUCAAUAGGCCACUUCAUAAAAUUUCCAAAAUGCUUCUUGGGGAAGAGAAACUCCCUGGCUGUUGUGUUACUGUUUGGUACUUUGAGGAGGCUUUUUUAUUUUUAAACCAAAGGAGCGAUUUUCAGCUUGAUGAUGUUGUCUGCCACGGCUGCUUUUUAAUAAGUCCCGCUGGGCUAGUAUGUACCCAUUUCACCUGAGUAGCUUAUAAAUGUUUGGUAGCACACUCAGAUGCAGAAGUGUUUUCUGCUCUUAUCGGAGGCGGUGUUAGCCCACAGGGGGCCUAAGCAGGAAGAUCCCUCCCCUCGCAACACACACACACACACACAACACAUAAUAAAAAGCGAAUAGCCCCCCUCCCCCCCCUUGAGCUGCUCAGGGUCCUAAGCAAUUGCUUAGUCUACUUAUGUCUAGUGCCGGCUCUGACUCUUAUAGUCACAUGCCUGAGUCCAGGACCUUUCAGAACUACAAAAGGCUGAAGGGCAGGGAAAAUUCCAUCAAGAAGCAUUCAGGUCGCCAAGAAACGCCUUGUUGUUUUGGGGGGGAGGUAGAGGAGGGGAGCACAUAUUUUUUAAAUGUUGAAAUGCAAGAAGUGUUUAGCUGAUUUAUCCUGUAUUAUAGGAACGUUAUGAUUUUGGGGGGGCUAAGCUUUUUAAUAUAUCUAAGGAGCUAGAGUGUUUUACGAACAUUAUUGUAUGCAGUGAUGUUGUAGCUGUGUUGUUCACAGGCUCUUAGCGAGACAAGGGGUGAGAAUAAAAGAUAUUACUUCA